UCAAAAACAGCAACCGAGGACAGUUUCUGCUCCCGGGAUUUGCGCCAUAAUUCAUCAUCCCGUUUCAGCAAAUAUGCUGCAGCUGAGCAUAGGCCAGUGCCGUGAUGUACAAAGUACCCGUUUUGCUUAUUCCUGUAGUGAACCGUGGUAAGCCAGUAGCCAUUAGUCCGCGAAUCGCAGCAUGACGGGUAUGAGGAGAAUGUGAGCCCGCCUGUCUCCCUUUUUCAUCAUCAGUGUGGGUGGUUGGUGUUGGUUGGAUCACAGGCACCGUCCCGCCUUUCCCUUCCGCGGGUUGCUGAAUAAGCCGCGCUGAACCUUCAACUCAACGCCCAAGAAGCGAAGUUCGCAAGUUCUCGCUCAACAACGAACGACCCUUCACGGCUUCAAACUCUCGUGCAAACGAUCUAUUGCUUCAAUGCUGGCUCUAGCCUGCGACUAAGCCAUGCAGGUCCUAUUCGUUGCCGUCGUCUGAUCACUCCAGUUACAAAAAAGAUCCGUCCCGAAGCCAUGGCAAUACUCUGAAUCUGGGUAGGAAAGUUGAUACCGCUUCACUAGACACGAGGGAGGGGCUUCUGCUAGCUAUUGUCCAGCUCGCCAGGUUGGCGCUCAAUACCAUAAUACAUAACGGCCCCUUCUCCCUCGUCAUAAUAUUAAGACAGAACAAGCUCCCACUGCUGUCAAUCGACAAUCUGCGCAAGCAGCAUAUAACCACCAAACAUAUCGGACAGCUCCUGUAUACCAAAAUAUAUUUCGCACCUCACCUCUAGACAUUAUCCACCAAGCACCGCACUACAACGUGACUAUGGGCACCAUCCCCCCAUCAAGUAACAUGGCAGACCCGGAUCAUAUGGCUGAGUUUCAAAAGCUUUCCAAUCAUUAUGAGCCGGAUCUACAGGGACCUUUAGUGGGUCCGAAACAAUCGAGUAGUAUGAUAACGUCCGAAUACGCAAACGCGGACCCUAUAUACGUCGCAAAGACCACUGCGCUUUCUCAUACUCAUUCUCAUUAUCGUAUAAUGAAAGGAGAUGGAAAUUGCGGGUGGAGAGCUGUUGCCUUCGGAUAUUUUGAGACGUUAUUCAACCUACGCGAUACUGCAAAGCUAGAACAGGAGUUGGCGCGGAUCAAAUCCUUGAACGAAUCACUGGACUCUAUUGGAUGCCAACAGUACAUUUACGAAAUGUUCGUUGAAGUCACGGAGGAUGUCUUUGGCCAAAUAUCGGGAGCGAUUGCGGAAGGAUCCUAUGACGAUAGUUUCCUCCUUGACGCAUUUAAUGAUGAAUCCAAAUCCUCCGCUAUCAUCACACAUUUUAGGUUAAUGACGAGUGCCUGGAUGAAAAAAAAUCCCGACCGCUAUGCAGGCUUCCUUAGGAUGACUGUUGAUGACUAUCGCACAAAGACAAUCGAACCCGGUAAAACCGAAAUCGAUGAAAUAGGCAUUCACGGGCUGUUCGACGGAGUCAUUGAGGGGUCUGGGUUUGCUAUCGAGAUUCUCUACCUUGAUAGGAGCGAAGGAACAGAAGUCACCCCGCAUUUGCUCUCGCCCGAUAACCCCAUCGCAACAAUUAGGCUUCUUUAUCGCCCUGGUCACUACGAUCUCCUAUAUCAAACCAACCAGGCAAUUCACAACCAAGGGAUUAUUACAUCGGUUAACUUCCAAUAUGCCAUGAGCUCUGACUAUAUGCCCUGGUAUUCGAGUGCCUUGCCGUUUGAUCUAAACCCAGUUUUGAUGUCCAUCCCGAGCCUUCCGCUCGAUACCACCAGUAUUUCAUCACCAAUGACCGUUAACCAGCCGUACGCGUUUCCCGAAAGGCAAAUUAAUUCCAAUGUUCCACCUCAAAUGAUUCCCCAGUCUCCGCCAGCCCUGGCACAACAUUCUCCAAUUUCGAGCUUUCCUGUCAGCCCAGUUUCCACGCCGGAUAAAUCCACGGAGCUCCAGAUCAGGAUGAAUCCAUUAGUGUGCGAACCAAUGAAUACGCUUCCGCUGUCCUCUGUACCUUUUAGCAACUCUCCCAAUAAUCUUGCACACUUCCAUCAUCCCGAUUUCCAACCUUCCCAAUGGGACCCGAACGAGGAAUAUAAGUAACAAAACUCGAACUGCUAUCUCUACUCAUGUGGGAAUAGCUUUGACAUGAUGAGAAACGACCCUUUGCAUCAUAUUAACCACCCUAGAUCCUGUGUCCAAUUUUCAAACUUAUUUCGCGCUGUCUUUUAAACUUCAGCAAUAUGGCGUUCCCAUGGAGGAGGGCACCAGUUUGUAGUUCCAAUGCCUCCAGAGUCCCUGUUUGUCUUUCGAUCCUAUUCGUUUUUUCGAAGAGCUUAUGACAUGUUAUUAGCGGCUAUUUGCAUUUUCUUAGUGUCAUACCUACAUGUGGUUGAUAACGCCUGUUUUUAAAAAGCAGCUUAGCAUUUGAAUUUGACUCGUUCAUCUAUCUACUCCACCUUAGAGGUAUGAUUGAUUCUUCUGUCCAUUUCCACGAGCGCCCUUCCGUGACAUCCCCGAACAGAGAUUUCCCGGCCACGGAGAAUAAAAGCAGUGCAGCAUGAUUACUAACGCUGCUACUGAGAUUUUGCAGCGUUUAGUGUAUUUCGCUACCUGCAUAUUCGUCAAGUUCUUGCCUGGCUUUCCUGUGUUUACUCCCUACUACGGCAACGGUUCGGGGUAUUUGGAUUCUGAAAUCAUCAUUCUCGCUAUCAAAUUGGACAACCGAAAGGAGCUAUAACUUGAGAUACUGCCCGGAGCAAUAUCCCACUUUUAUUCCACCAAAAGCACAUCAUAUCAGUACAUUUUCUCUUCCAAGGGUUCAAUAUCCAAAGUACCCGAAAUAUAUCGAACAAAUCACUAAUCAAUCUCAAGGUAGUCGAUUCACUCUUCAAGGAAGAUAGAAAAUAAAGCGAAAGAUUUUAGAAAACGUAAGAGGGGCGAAGAAUCUAGAAAAUAAACAAAAAUAAAAAAUCCAAGAACAGCAAAUUAUGCAUUCCCCCCCGCCGGUUCCCCUGAUGAAUUCUGCGGAUAAGGCUGUGUCAGCCAUACAUGAUCGGUACCUGAAUUGUUCGGGAACGUUGUUGACGCAGAAAGAGACGACACCCGCCGCCUGUGAUGGAGACCGAGAACGUCACUCUUUAAGCUCCGCAUAUCCUGCAGACCCUUGUCGAACAAGGUCGAGUCGGAGAACAGAGCGAUGCCGGGAUGCAAUAUCAUUCUUCUUCGAGGUUUUGGCUUGCUAUCUUUGUCGCUGCCUUCGUCCUCAGUGUCGAAUUCCCCGAUGAUUUGUGGCAAUAUCACGUAUGAUUCGGCUCUUCGGUUGAUUACUGAUGAUUGGAGCGUGCUGUAGGUUGGGCUUUGGGGCCCGUUACUGCCGCUGCCACUUCCGUUUCCAUUGCCAAUAGUUCUGUUGGUCCCGUUGCUGGGAAAUGAGAAGCCUGGUAGCAUUGAACCCUCGUCAACCGUCCAUUCUUUCCACGAAUCGUCCACCUUCAGACCGGGCGCUCUGUUGAAUGUUAUCGUGCAUCGAUCAUUACGUCGCAGGGACCAGAUCUUCAGCGCGGCGUUGAUAAUUUCGGCAAACUGCUCUCGAACAUCGGUGUUCGUUUGUUCAUCCUUGCCGAUAAGCGGUUCCAGCAUGCCAGCCGCUGCUUCCACCAAUUGCGCGAUGAUCUUCUUGAUAUCAGAAAACUGGGGCAACCUGUUGAGUGCCCUGACGGUUAUUCCUCUCCAUACUUUUUCCUCAUCCGGGCUCAAGGCGGCAGAUAUCGCAUUCAAGAUGGCCUCGUCAUGUUUGUCACUGUUCGUGCUGCAGCCGACAAGCAACUUGUUCUUAAAUAUUGCAUCCAGCUGUCCCGAGAUAAAGUUCUGCACGCCAGCCUUUCGCAAAGAUGUGGCCACAGCAGUACGGGAAGAGGAGGUAUAAUCGAAUAUACCACUCGCUUGUCUAAGUUUGCCUAAGGUUCCCAGUGGUUCAAGGACCUACACACGGGGCAGAGCAAAUUAGCGCAGGUUUGGAGCACAUGCUGCUUGGUAAACAUACCAAUUCAACCUCCUGAGGGACAUUCUCAAACCUCGUGGCGAAAGCCUCAAUAAGCUGGUACAAAUUUUGGACGGAUUUUUUACUGUUCAGAUGUCUUAGCCACGAAAAAAAAAAAAAAAAAAAGUUUCCGAUAACCAUUUACCCACACAGCGUAAUAGCAGAGAGAUAUGGACUUACUACUCAACAAACGGCGUUGCAGAAACCGCCAUUUCAGCGCUCAGCGUGCGCAAUUUCUCCCGGAGCGAGGCCACGUCCUCUUUCAGUCCUUCGUUCCUCUCCUCCAAGGUGUCUCGAUAGACAGUCAACCUGUUCACUUCGGUGUUGAACUCCCUAUUCAAUCUGACGGCAUCAUCCUUCUCCUUUUCCAGCUUCCGUUUCUCCGACUCAACACGGCUCUUCGCAGCCUUCACUUCUCCCUCGUAUUGUUCCUUGACUUUUUUCUUCUCCUUUUUGAGGGCCUCUUCCUGUUGCUUCUUGAGUUUAGCCUCCUUUUCGCGAUACUCCUUUUCUGCAGCUUGGCGAUCUCGUUCCAGCUUAGUCUUCUCCUUGACGACGGCCUCCUUCUCCUUUGCAACUGAUUGCUCCUGUUCUUUCAAUUUCUUGUUUUCUGCUUCAAGCUUCAGGAUCACCUUGUCCUUAUCUUGUUUGAUUUCUUCAAUUUUCUUAUUUUUGACAGCAGUAAUUGUAUCGACCGUGUUAUUGAGCUUUUCUAUUUCAUCCACUCUGUCGAGUUCAGAUGCAGUGGCCCUUUUAAUGCCCUGGAUUCUAUCUUGGAUUUCUGGUAUUGCUAGGAAGCGGAGAGCAUUGAACAGUACAUGCACCGAAUCCGCAAUCGUAAUUGUCCCAUCUUCGGUAUUGUGGUCUCCCGCAAUCGUCUUGCCGCGGGCAUGGUCGCCUACUUUCUCCGCAAACGACUAGAGAGGGUGGGAAGGUUUUGGAUGUAAAGUUAGCUCUCAAUGAUAUCUGGCCUAUCCUAAACCAACAUUAGCGGUGUUUAUUCACUCACUGCAUCUGCAUACCUUUGAGUCUUGGUUUGAAUUCAUAGCGUAUCGGCUGGUAUCACUUCCGCUGCUGUUAUGUCGAAGCCGCAGCCGAUCUAAAGCCUUGUUAACAGCGUAGUGUGUCGGCGAUAUGGUACGCCUGUCUUUUAUAGAAAAGAUAUGGUUUGGGGACUUUCUGCCCAUGGAUAUCCGAUGUUUCUUUUCGUACCAUCAAAAGCUGUGGAAGGGUCACUUCUAGCCCUUAUAACGAAGCAAUGAAGAGGGGCAGUGGACUGAAUAUACAAAAUUCUAUCAACUCCACGAAAAGGCCAGCAGCUGCAGUAUAUAUAUAUAUAUAUAUUUCUGUACUGUACAUAGAUAUGUAUCUCCCUUCCCAACUCUUCCUUCUCUCUAAUCCUUAUAUCACGGCGACAUCAUCAGCCACACUCACUUCAAAACUGAGGCCUCCAGCUCCUUUCCCACCCCUUCCACCCGCUGAUCAAAUCAGUCUCCAUUCUCUAUACGACGUACCAGAAUUCGGACAGAUGCAUGCAAAACCUGCAGCGAGGCUGCAUAUCAGGAAAGGCUCUCGAUCCACCCGUAGCUGUCAACGUGGUUUUCUCCGCGCGUCGGGCGCAUGGGCCCUUCUACUCUUACUCCCUCUUCCGUUCACUACCUUUGGGAGUAAUGCAUCUUGUAUUGGAUAGCUCUUUACCGCGUAGCCCCUCCGGUGCUGGCGCGGGGUGGGAAUCAUUGCUUUGAUCAGGAAGGGAGUAUAAGUCUCGAACCCUUUGAUUUCAAGCCUGGCUGGAUCCAAGCGCUGAUGCUGACGCCAAAACCAACAGGCGAUUAGGCAUGGACGGGAGUGAUCUAGUUAACCGGCACAAAUUGGCGAAUCAUGUAGGGAUCUUUGAAAGUUGACGUCGUCGUCUUAAGGAGUUCUUCUUUUUCAGUUCUUUAAGGCGCCCGAUUCGUGCAGUCUCCAGGCAUUGCGUUGAACCAAAGGAUAAUACUUCGGGUUAAUCCAAUUCGCAUCUUUUUCUUUUCUUUUCUUUUCUUUUCUUUUCUUUUU